AUGACCACUAGAACCCCAGCAUGCCCCUCCUCCCACUGGCUUUGGUCACCCAAACAGCCCCACGGCCGCUUUCUCCACCUCACAGACAUCCACCCCGACACCCACUACACACCCUACACCCGCCCCUCGAGCGCCUGCCACAACACCCAUUUCGGGAAGAAGUCGACGCGCGUCGCCGGUUUCUGGGGAACACCAGUAAGCGACUGUGAUUCCCCCAUAAGGCUCGUAGACCUCGCCCUGGACUUUGCGGAACAGUGGGCGGACGAGGUGGAUUGGGUCGUUUGGACUGGGGAUAGUGCGAGGCACGAUAAUGAUCCUCAGCUGGCGAGGACGGAGGAGGAGAUCGAGGGGAGUAACCAGUACCUUGCUACGAGGAUGAAGGAGGUGUUUUGGGAUAGGGGCGUGCCUGUUAUCCCUAGUAUUGGGAAUAACGACGUUUGGCCGCACAACGUCAUGUAUCCCGGACCGUCCAGUACCACCCGGGCGUACGCGAAGAUGUGGACGCCUAUCCUCUCCCCUCUGACGAACCUCUCUACUCUCUCCCACGGGCUGUACUUCUCCACCCCCCUUCUGACGGAGCACAAGGUCGCGGCUGUGUCGCUCAACACGCUCUUCUUCUACGACUCGAACAAGGCUGUAGACGGGUGUGAGGACGAUGACGACCCUGGCACAGAGCAGAUGGUGUGGCUCGAAGCUGAGCUCGAGAGGUUCAGGAGGGACGGGUGGAGGGUGUACCUCACUGGUCACGUGCCCCCCAGCACGAGGAACUACUAUGCCGGUUGUUAUAGGAGAUACGGAGAGCUCGCACUCCGGUUCCAGGAUAUCAUCCUGGGCCACUUUUACGGGCACAUGAACAUGGACCAUUAUUUCUGGAUCUCGCUCGACGACGUCAAGUCCGCCUCUAGCAAGAAGUCCAAGUCCAAGCCUGGCGCGCGCCAGUCCGCAAAGUUCCCAAUCACCAUCCAAGGAGCGCACGACUACGACCACGAGGACCUCAUGCGGGAGCUGAAAGCACUCCCGAGAGAGGAGAAAGUCGACUUUGCGGAUUAUGCGGUUGUGAACGUCCCUGCUAGUGUGGUGCCGACGUAUUUCCCGGGAAUGAGGGUGUAUACGUAUAACGUUAGUGGGAUCUAUCCCCCGCCGCCUAUCGUCCCCGAGGAGAGCUUCGACGUCAACACCGAAUUCGACGAUGAUACCGAGUCUGAGUCCCAAGGCAAGAAAUCCAAAGAGCCCAACCCGUGCAAAGGGCAGAAGAAGAAUUCCCCCACCUGUGUCGGGGGCAAACCGCGUCAUUCCCACCCUCUUUCCGCCACUCGCGCCCCCGGUCCGUUCACACCCACGGGCUACGCACAGUAUUUCCUUCCUGGGGUGGAGGAGGCUGGGGAAUCCGAAGCCCCUGUGUGGGAGCUGGAGUAUGCGACGUACGAGAGUGGGGGGAAUGGGACUUGGGCUGAAAAGGGCUUGUUACCCAUGCGUAUGAUCCCUAGGGAGCUUGGGGGGCAUAUGCGCUGCCCGUCCUUGGAAGCUCCUGAGUCCCUUGCCGACCCGGAACCGGAUGCAGAAGACCCCUCUGAGCCCGAAGCGUCUAAGAAGAAGCACAAGAAGAAGAAAGCCGAAAGGAGAAAGGAGAAACAGAGAGAACGACUUCGGACCCGGCAGCUCUUGCCCUACCAGUUGAGGGACCUCACCAUACCUUCCUACCUCGCACUGGGGCGGAGACUGGCACGGGAAGAAGGGGUCUGGGGCGAGUUUAAGAGGAAUAUGUAUGUUGGUACUGGGGAGGAGGAAUGAGCGUCUGCGCGUUGCGCGUAGGGCAGCUGCUCCCCUUGUUUGGUUGGAGGGUUGCUGGAGGGAGUGUCACUACUGGAGAGCACGGGACGGAAGAAAGUGUACAACUGGACGCGUGUAAAGUUGAAUUCGAAGGGAUACUGUAACGCAAUCUGAU